AUGUUUUAUAAACCCAAGUUAAUAUCUCCUAACAGAACAUAAUCUCCAGUUGUUGUGCAUAAAUAAUCAAUUUCUUAAGUUAAUAAUCCACUUUUAACAUAAUAAUAAUAUCAACCUUAAACUUACUAUGCAUCAUCAAAAACUACUCCAAUAAAAAAUUUAGAAUAGAAAUUUGAACUAAUUAAACAAAAUAUCAAUAUAACUAAUUAAUGUUAAUUGUCUCCUGAAAGAAAUAUAUAAGCAGUAAAUAAUGAUUUUGAGAAUUAAAUUUUACGCAAUGAUAUAGUAUUCAAAGAUCAAAAAAUUGUUGCAUUAUAAAAAGCACUUGAUUUAUCAAAUGAUGAUAGAAUCAAAUUAAGAUAAGCUUUAGAAUAAAAAUCUAAUUUGUGUGUUAAUAAAGAAAGAGAAAUAGCCAAAUUAUUAGCAACAAUUCAUUAAAUUGAAUUUAAGAAAAGUGAAAGCUAAAUUGUUAAAGAUCUUUAAUUUUAAAUUGAAACUCUCAAAACAUUCAUUUAAGAGAAUGCUUUAGAUAAAUCAAAUUUAAAAAAUGAAGAUACAAAUCAAUUUAAGACUAAAGUUGCUAAUCUAUAAGAAUAAUUAGCAUAAUAAAUAAAUUAGAAUUAAUCACUUUAAUAAUAUAUGAAAGAAAUUAUGAAUUAAAAUAAAGAGUUGUCAUAAAAAUAUACAGAAAAGUGUAUAGAAUUAUAAAAAUUAGAAAUGCAAUUAGAUCAAAUAAAAAUAUUAUAAAAUGAACUUAAAGGUAAAGCAGAAGAAAUAGAAAUAUUAAAAGGGGAACUUAGUAAUGAUAAUACUACAAUUUAAAUAAAAGAAUAAAGUACUUUUGAUUAAUAAAAUGAAAUAUAGAAAUUUCUUUGUCAAAUAAAAUAAUAAUAUUUAGAAGAUAAUUCUAAAUUAGAUAUUGAUGAUUAAGAUAAUAUGAAUGUUUAUAGACAUCUAUACAGUUUUCAAUCUACAGAUGAUUUAACUAAAGGAGAACUUUAAAAAAUAAAUAAAUGA